AUGGCGACGGCCGUAGACCGUCAGCUGGACGGCAUAGCUCCGGCCGAGACGGCGCCGCCGCCGGUGCAGAAGCGCAGGGGGUGGAUCAAGCGGAUGAUGUACUCGCCCCUGGCAGCAGCGGUAGCCGAGAAGGGGGCAGCAGCCGCCGAUGACGACGACGGCGCGGCGACGAGGACGACGAAGCCGCGGCGAGGAGGCGGGUGGCUGCGGCGACUGAUGGUGCCGCCGCCGCCGCCGCCGCGGGAGCACCGCCGGCAGCGGAAGCUGGGCGGCGGCGGCGGGUCGGCGUCCAGGCUGCUGGCCAGGCUGCCGAGGUGGAAGCGCGUCUCCAUCGGCGGCGGGUGGGCGUCGGCGCUGCUGGACGCCGCCGCGUUCCGCGUCAUGUACGUGGUGGAGGCCGUCGUGCUGGGCCUCGCGCUCUCCUGCUUCUUCUGCUGCUGCGGCUGCCAGAUUUGA